AGGGUCGCCGUGGUUGCCCUUCUCCGGCUGUGGCGGUUGUCCGAGCCUGGGUGGGGCGAGUGAGAAGCUUCUAAGUUUUAAAGACUUGUGUUUCCGUCAGGUCUCCCUCUUACCCACGUGUUCAUUUCUUCGUAACCCUGAACACGGACUCGUUUUAAGGAAUAACGAGUUGAGGACUGAGUUACCCGGUCCGGUGGGCCUGACGCACGCAAUGGGCCGCUGCAGGUGCGAGGGCGCGGUUUGUGCGUCCUUCCGCGGGCCAGCCGGAAAAUCGCCGGUGCGGCCCAGUGCGCGACCCGGGAAGCCCGAGAGACAGCACAAAGACGCUUUCACUCCAGGGGGAAGUUCACUAGAAACCCGGAGCCCGGAAUCUUAUCCAUCUUCUUCACCCAUAUGGUUUGUGGACUCUGAUGACCCAAAUCUGACAUCAGUUCUGGAACGUCUGGAAGAUACGAAGAACAAUUCGCUUCGUCAGCAACUGAAGUGGUUGAUAUGUGAACUCUGCAGAUUAUAUAACCUCCCUAAGCACCUGGAUGUUGAGAUGCUAGAUCAGCCACUACCCACGGGUCAGAAUGGGACGACAGAAGAAAUGACUUCAGAGGAGGAGGAAGAGGAAGAGAUGGCUGAAGAUGUAGAAGACUUGGAUCACUAUGAGAUGAAGGAAGAAGAGCCUAUUAGUGGGAAACAGUCAGAGGAUGAAGGAAUUGAAAAAGAAAAUUUGGCAGUAUUAGAGAAAAUUAGGAAGACUCAAAGACAAGACCAUUUGAAUGGUGCAGUGUCUGGGUCUUUGCAAGCUUCAGAUAGACUUAUGAAAGAGCUCAGGGACAUAUACAGAUCACAGAGUUACAAAACAGGGAUCUAUUCAGUGGAGCUCAUAAGUGACAGUCUAUACGAGUGGCACGUGAAGCUGCAGAAGGUUGAUCCUGAUAGUCCUUUGCACAGUGAUCUUCAGAUCUUAAAAGAAAAAGAAGGCAUAGAAUAUAUUUUGCUUAACUUCUCUUUUAAGGAUAACUUUCCAUUUGAUCCUCCAUUUGUUCGAGUAGUGUUACCUGUUCUCUCAGGGGGGUAUGUGUUGGGUGGAGGAGCAUUAUGUAUGGAACUUCUCACAAAACAGGGCUGGAGCAGCGCCUACUCCAUAGAGUCAGUCAUCAUGCAGAUCAACGCCACCUUAGUCAAAGGCAAAGCCAGAGUGCAGUUUGGAGCAAAUAAGAAUCAGUAUAAUCUAGCAAGAGCCCAACAGUCCUACAAUUCCAUUGUACAGAUACAUGAGAAAAAUGGCUGGUAUACUCCUCCAAAAGAAGAUGGCUAAAUAUGUUGACUCUGUGUAGCUGGAUCAAUGUUGCUUUAAAGAAAACCUUUCCAACAUGCAGAUGCCAGCUUUGAGUGCCGUGACAACCACAUGGAGACCUUAACUCCUAGAUCUUUAGUGGAUAACCCGACACUGAGGCAGCCUCAGUUCUGGCCUUUCCGCCUGCUCAUUGAGCAGCUUGGCCCUUACCGUAUUCUUCCUGAUCAAUACACGCAUUGCCACCCCUUGCCAUCUCUUCCUUGAAAAGUGAAAUCUUGAAGCAGGCGAGUCAGCAUCAGGUCACUGAAGCUGCGAUGUCACAGCUACUUCCCUGACAUUGAGCGAAUGGGUUACAAGGAUUUGCUAAAUACUGUUCCAUUUAGAGCCAAUAAAAGUUUAACCAAUG